CAAAAAGAAAUUGUGUUCUCUCUUUCUUUUGCUAAUUCUCUAUCUCACUCAGCUGAAGCAGAAAGAGAGAUGCGAGCGAUUCAUAUCGUGACGACGCGAUUGAGCUCGAGCUUUAGACCUAUUCUUCUUCUUGACUUGGUUUCUUCUUGUUCGCCUCCUCGACAGUUCUCUAUCCCUAGGCGCCUAAUCUGUGCCGCCGCCAAUGGAGGAGGCAGGUCAGGUUCCAUUGUUGCUCCUUUGGUGACUGAAGAAGACUUUCACAAGAAGAUCGAUGUCAAUCCUCCUAAAGGAACUCGUGAUUUUCCUCCUGAGGAUAUGCGUCUCCGCAAUUGGCUCUUUAACCACUUCAAAGAGGUCUCACGGUUAUAUGGGUAUGAGGAAGUGGAUUAUCCAGUACUGGAGACGGAGGCAUUGUUCAUCAGAAAAGCUGGGGAAGAGAUUAGAGACCAACUUUACUGCUUUGAAGAUAGAGGAAAUCGGCGUGUAGCAUUGAGGCCUGAGCUUACACCUUCUUUAGCCAGGCUUGUCAUACAGAAAGGAAAAUCUGUUUCCCUUCCAUUGAAGUGGUUUGCAAUUGGGCAGUGUUGGCGAUAUGAGAGAAUGACAAGAGGAAGGCGACGUGAGCAUUACCAAUGGAAUAUGGAUAUUAUUGGUGUGCCUCAAGUAACUGCUGAAGCAGAACUAAUUUCAUCUAUAGUCACCUUCUUCAAGCGAAUUGGAAUCACUGCGUCAGAUGUGGGUUUUAAGGUUUCAAGCCGCAAGGUUUUACAAGAAUUGCUAAAAAAGUAUGGUGUACCCGAAGACCUGUUUGGAAGAGUUUGUAUCAUUAUAGACAAGAUAGAAAAGAUACCAAUUGAUGAAAUAAAAAAGGAACUUGGGUUCACGGGGAUAUCAGAAGAUGCUAUUGAACAAUUACUGCAAGUGCUUUCUGUGAAGUCCUUGGAUGAUUUGGAAGAUAUAAUUGGUGGAGCAGGAGAAGCCAUUGCAGAUUUGAAACAACUCUUCUCACUUGCUGAAAAGUUUGGUUAUUCAGAGUGGAUACAGUUUGAUGCAUCUGUUGUGCGCGGUCUUGCUUAUUACACUGGUAUCGUCUUCGAGGGAUUUGAUCGAAAAGGGAAGCUGCGAGCUAUAUGUGGUGGUGGGAGAUAUGAUAGGUUACUCUCUACUUAUGGAGGUGAUGACUUUCCUGCUUGUGGUUUUGGUUUCGGCGAUGCUGUAAUAGUUGAAUUGCUCAAAGAGAAGGAUUUGUUGCCAGAACUGGGACAAGAAGUAGAGAACAUAGUGUGUGCGUUGGACAAAGAUCUCCAAGGAGCUGCAGCCACAGUUGCAACAGCUCUCAGAGACAAAGGCCAAACCGUUGAUUUGGUAUUAGAGAGUAAACCGCUGAAAUGGGUGUUCAAGAGAGCAGCUCGGGUAAACGCAAGAAGGCUGGUUCUGGUUGGGAAAACAGAGUGGGAAGAUGGUUCGGUCAGUGUUAAGGUGUUGUCUUCAGGUGAGCAGUUCCAAGUCAAACUCAGUGACUUAGAGUAGUAUCUUAAGGCUUUAUUAACAUGAUGAACCAUUGUUUCAUUCUCCUUACGGCUUACUAUAGUAAAAGAACCAAUCAUUCAAAUCUCUUAUUCGUCAAAAGUAUUGAAUUAUUGAUUCGGGAAUACAAUUAUGGAUCGAAUAUAAUUAAGUAAACAUGUUUAAAAAGCUAAAUUUGAUCUUAUUAUAUUAUCAGGGUAAGAAUAAGAUGCUUGUAGAACUCUUAAUUAGGUGUAGUAAACUUCAACAAUCAAAGUGUUUAUACUAAUGAUCUUGUAUAGAUAUUAUG